GCAUUCUUCUUCCUGCUUCUCUUGAAACCCUUUCCUAAAACCCUAAUCCGCCACAACCAAAAAAGUUCGAUUCCUUAGCCUCACGACGAAUCACGAUGUUGCGCAGAAACGUAAGGUUAAGAAAAGAGUAUCUCUACAGGAAAAACUUGGAAGGUGAUGAGCGUAAGCUCUAUGAUAAGAAGCGGAAGAUAAGAGAAGCCCUUCAAGAAGGAAAGCCGAUUCCUACUGAGCUCCGAAACGAGGAGGCCAGGCUUCGACAAGAAAUUGAUCUUGAAGACCAAAACACAGCUGUUCCGCGGAGUCAUAUCGACGAUGAAUAUGCAAAUGCUACGGAAGCUGAUCCAAAGAUUUUGUUGACAACGUCUAGGAAUCCAAGUGCUCCGCUCAUCCGAUUCACAAAGGAAUUGAAGUUUGUAUUUCCUAACUCUCAGAAUAUAAAUCGUGGUGGUCAGGUCAUUUCUGAGAUCAUUGAAACUGCUCGUUCGCAUGAUUUUACUGAUGUUAUAUUGGUUCAUGAGCACCGUGGUGUGCCUGAUGGUCUCAUUAUCUCUCAUCUCCCAUUUGGACCAACUGCAUACUUUGGAUUACUUAAUGUGGUAACAAGACAUGAUAUUUCAGACAAGAAAGCCAUUGGAAAAAUGCCUGAGCAAUAUCCUCAUCUCAUUUUUAACAACUUUACUACUCAGAUGGGUCAAAGAGUUGCAAACAUCUUAAAACACAUCUUCCCUGCUCCAAAACUGGAUGCAAGACGUAUAGUUACUUUUGCUAAUCAAUCUGAUUAUAUUUCAUUCAGGAAUCAUAUCUAUGAUAAAGGAGAAGGAGGCCCGAAAUCGAUUGAGCUUAAAGAAAUCGGUCCUCGGUUUGAGUUGCGGCUCUACCAGGUGAAAUUAGGAACUGUGGAACAAAAUGAAGCAGAGAUCGAAUGGGUUAUUAGACCGUACAUGAACACCGCUAAAAAGCGCCAGUUCAUCGGUGAAUGAUUGCUAAACGGAACCGCUUUGAACCUUUAUCUAAAUUCUGUUUUACUACUUAUCAAUUUGUUGGAAGAACUGUUAAAAUUUUGUCCUUAGAGAAAAUUGCGAUAAUUUUGGUUAUUCGAUUAGCAUCGAUUUUGUUGUAACGUUUCGAGUCUAAAAACAAAACUUUUUUUGUCUU